UUAUUUUUAUCUUUGACAUUCGCCGGAUUGUUCUGGAAUUAAAACCCAAUUAAAACUCCUUUCUUUUGUCUGCUCGACUCUUUACCCCUUCCGCGUCUCCGGCGAAAACCCACUGCGACUGACCAUGGCGCUCGAAAUCGAAGCUCGAGAUGUAAUAAAGAUUGUGCUUCAGUUCUGCAAAGAGAACUCCUUGAAUCAGACGUUCCAGACAUUACAAAGCGAGUGCCAGGUCUCGUUGAAUACCGUAGACAGCGUCGAGACGUUUGUUUCUGAUAUUAAUAGUGGAAGAUGGGACUCGGUACUUCCUCAAGUGUCUCAGCUUAAGCUUCCCAGGAAUAAACUAGAGGACCUUUACGAACAGAUUGUAUUGGAGAUGAUAGAACUUCGAGAAUUAGACACUGCCCGGUCUAUUUUGAGGCAAACUCAGGUGAUGGGUGUCAUGAAGCAGGAGCAACCAGAAAGAUAUUUGCGGAUGGAGCAUCUUCUAGUCAGAAGCUAUUUCGAUCCGCAUGAGGCAUACGGAGACUCAACUAAAGAAAGAAAGCGUGCACAGAUUGCUCAAGUAUGUAUUCAAGGUUUACUAAUUGGUUUUUCUCCUACUCCGUCAGCUGUGGCUGCCGAGGUUACUGUGGUACCACCUUCACGGUUAAUGGCUUUGAUAGGUCAGGCUCUAAAGUGGCAACAGCAUCAAGGCCUACUCCCUCCAGGAACUCAGUUUGACCUCUUUCGUGGGACGGCAGCUAUGAAACAAGAUGUCGAAGACACAUAUCCUACUACUCUUAACCAUACAAUAAAGUUUGGUAAAAAAAGUCAUGCGGAAUGCGCUAGGUUUUCACCAGAUGGACAGUUUCUUGUAUCUUGUUCGGUUGAUGGUUUUAUCGAGGUAUGGGAUUACAUUAGUGGGAAGCUGAAGAAGGAUUUGCAAUACCAAGCUGAAGAAACUUUCAUGAUGCAUGAUGAUCCUGUCCUUUGUAUAGACUUUAGCAGAGAUUCAGAGAUGCUUGCAUCUGGCUCACAAGACGGAAAGAUUAAGGUCUGGCGUAUAAGGACUGGUCUAUGCUUUCGUCGUCUUGAGCGUGCACAUUCCCAAGGAGUUACAAGUCUAACCUUUUCUCGGGACGGAACCCAACUACUAAGUACCUCCUUUGACAGCACCGCAAGAAUCCAUGGUUUGAAAUCUGGGAAAUUGUUGAAAGAAUUCCGCGGACAUACGUCUUAUGUAAAUAAUGCUAUCUUUACAAGUGAUGGAAGCCGUGUAAUAACGGCCUCCAGUGAUUGCACAGUGAAGGUCUGGGAUUCAAAGACGACAGAUUGUCUACAAACAUUCAAGCCACCACCUCCAUUAAGAGGAGGUGAGGCGUCGGUCAAUUCUGUUCAUCUAUUCCCCAAAAACACAGAACACAUUGUUGUGUGCAACAGGACAUCAUCUGUGUACAUCAUGACACUCCAAGGACAGGUUGUGAAGAGUUUCUCAACCGGUAAGAGAGAAGGAGGAGAUUUUGCAGCAGCAUGUGUAUCUACAAAAGGCGAUUGGAUAUACUGCAUUGGUGAAGACAGGAAAUUGUACUGCUUCAGCUAUCAAACCGGUGGACUUGAACAUUUUAUGAUGGUGCAUGAGAAGGAUGUGAUAGGCGUAACACACCACCCACAUAGAAACCUCCUUGCUACCUAUAGUGAAGAUUGCACCAUGAAGUUGUGGAAGCCCUGAGUUGCCUCAUCAUCAAGCCUUACUUUUAUUAUAUGAUUAAAUCUCUGACUUUGUUUGUUUUGCAACUGAAACUGCAACAAAGACACUUGGUGCUCGGGUUAGAACUAGUGUAAGUUAUGUCAAACAAAUGUUUUUGCCGUUUCAAAAGACUUUGACUUUUUGGAGACCACUACUCAGAGCCGUGUUUAAUAUUUAAUAAUAUUGUUUCACGGUAA